AUGAAGCUCCUUGAACAAGAACUAAAGGCAAGAAUAUUUCGAGAUGAGAUUGGCACUGAGAAAUACUUUUUUGGCACAGUUGACUACACAGUAUCAAGUGACUAUCAGGGAGAAGUUGAAAUAUCCAUUUUAGGACUGUCUAUUACAACAGAUAUGAUUGUGGCACUAAAUAAUAUAGGAGAUUUGCUGGUGUCUAUUCAAAACUGCCAAGUGAGCACUGGUAAAAUUGAAGUCCAGCUUAAUAGUGAAGGAAGGUGGUUUUAUAACGCUUUUGUUCAACAUUUGGAAAAGGUUAUACAUACAAGAUUGGAAAGCCAACUCUGCCUAAAUGUUAUAUUAAGAAUCCAAAAGGAAACUGAAGUACUUAAAGGACUAAAAGGUAUAUUCCAGAUUAAUCCCCUCAUCCAAGUAAAGUAUUCACUUAUUACACCUCCCGAAGUCUUAAAAUCCCAUAUUGAUCUGGAUUUUAAGGUUUCUGUGUAUUUUUCAAGUAAUCGCACCGAAUCUUCCUUUGCGGCUGCUCCCUUCACUUUUCCAGAAAAGAACAACUAUAUGCUCUUCGGUGGAAUUUCUGAAUCUUUGCUAAACUCUAUUACUUCAACUUAUUACACUAUUAGAGUGUCAAAGAUAACUUUUUCUGAAGAGCAUUCUUCAUACUUUAAUUUAACCACAGAUACCUUAAGCAAAGUCAUUCCUCAAGUUAGGCAGCAUUAUGCCAAAUCACACCCAGUGAGAAUGAAAUUGAUGGUGACUGCAGCUCCAGUUUUAAGACUGAAAAAUAACAGUUUCACUAUAGAGAUUCCUUGUUUUGUAGUAGUAUCUGCUCUUCUGUCAAACUCAAUGAAUAAACCCAUCUUUGCUGUGAAUGUAUCUAUAGGUUUGAAAGCCAAUGCAGUAAUAGCUGAGCAAAAGCUAAUUGUCUUAUUGCAGCUGCAGAGGUAA